AUUUUAGAAGAGGCUGCUAAGUAUAUUAGAGAUUUGAUUAAGCCAGGGACUUUUAGUCAGAAAACUUUAAAAAGAUUUAAAUCCUUUCUAGGAUCGAAAGAUAUGUUAGAAUACUAUGACUAUUUGGUUCAACGAUUAGAUGCAGCAAUUCAGGAACUACAACUAGACUGUGCUCUUGAUACAAACCAAAAAGUUACCUGCAUAAAUAAUACAGUGAACGAAGUAGAUAGUAACGUUAAGAAACUUCUGAAGUUAGCAAUGGUAACAAAAGGCGCUGAUAUCAGAGAAGAGAACAUAUAUGUUGAUCCGUCAAAAGUUGAAGAUGAUGAUGAGAUGGAAACCAGAGGGAAAACUAAAAGAAUUAAAAAAAUGAUGUAUAACGGGUGUGUCGCGGUAGCUGUAUAUAAAGCGCAGAAUAUUGAUAAAACUCGAGCUGUGCGACAAGCAACGAUUUUAAAAGAACUGAGUGCCUGUGAAAAUAUAGAGCGCUUUCAAGGCUUGAUGGAAAAAAAUGAAUUAUAUGUGGUGACUGAAUGGGCCGCGAAUUACGAUCUCGAAAAGUAUCUUCAUCGUUCAGAUAUAGAGAUUUUAUGGGAUCAAAAAUUAAAGUUCGCAGAAGGUAUCGCAGCUGCCCUCACAUUUUGCCAUGAAGCUGAUAUUUUUCAUCAUGAUGUUAAAAGCAAUUUUGAUAUGGCACGCUUCUCUAACGAUGCAACGACAUCAUUAACAGGUCAAAUGAAGAGUAUUAGAUGGACUGCGCCCGAAAAAUUAAAGAAUCCCUGUGUUCCUUAUUCCAAAGAAAUGGAUGUAUAUAGUUUUGCAAUAGUAAUGUGGGAAAUUGCAACAAGAAAAGAGCCAUUUUACGAAAUCAACAGUGAUAUUGAAGUUUCCGAAAAGGUUAAAAAUGACAAGCUUCGUCCAUCACCAAUCCCGAACGAUAUUAUACCAGAAUACGAAAAUAUAAUGAAAAAAAGUUGGGUUGAAUCUUUCCGUUCUCGUCCCACCAUGUAUCAGAUAUCUAGUGAAUUCCAUGGGUUUUGUAAGAGAUAUAAAGCUCAACGGAACAAUUCACUGUUCUCAUUGCAACGGUAUGAUUCUAACGCUUCACUGUCGAGGACACUUUCAGGAAAAAAAUUUGAUUUUAAAGCCCAAAUCAAUGACGAUGAGCCUGUCAAACCACAUACUCGGCCAGCGUGGAAAGAUAUCACUACAGCCCUUACUAGCAAGAACUACAAAGUGGCAAUAGAAGGAUUAGAACAAUACGCUCAAAGUGACGCUAAAGAGGCAGAUUUAGCUAAAUAUUAUGCUGGCAAACUUCUAUACGAAGGACAUCAUGGUGUGCCCAAAGAUGAAUUCCAAGCUUUGAUUUAUUUGCGUGAUGCAGCAAUCCGUUUACCAGCUAGCAGUUAUAGUAAAUUUACCCCCAUGGCUCAAUAUUUAUAUGCGGAUGUAUGCCUAAAGGGUGAACUAUAUGAUCGGGAAAAUGGUAUAAGGUAUUUAGAGAUGGCCGUAGAUGCAUCCGAGAAGAACGCAUUAUAUUUGUAUGGUACUAUUCUGUGGAACGGUGAACAUGGAUUGCAGAUUAAUAAUACUAAGGCUAAAGAAAUGUUUAAACUAUCAAAGAGUCGUGGCAAUGAAAAAGCGGGUGACAUGUUAAAACUGAUUACACAAAAUUAG